AGUGGGUUUCUACCUGUUUGGGUGUUUCACCCUUCCCGUCCCCUCCCUCUGCCUGCCGUGUGCCGGGGGGUGGUGGGAUUAGCAGGGUCGCUCUUCCUCAGCCUCUCCGGAGAAAACCCGGGGAAGGGAGAGCUCCUUCACGCUCAUGGAUGCAUGGGGGGGCCCCACGCCCUGCUGGAGCCGUCGCCGCGGGGCCCGGUUGCUGCUGCUGCUGCUGACCGUGCGGCUGGGGAGCGGAGCUGAUAAAGCAGACGAUGAAGAUGAUGAAGAUCUAAUGGUGAAUAAAACGUGGGUCCUUGCACCAAAGAUUCAUGGUGGAGAUGUAACUCACAUACUGGACUCCUUACUUCAAGGAUAUGACAAUAAGCUUCGGCCAGAUAUUGGGGUGAGAACUACGGUAAUUGAAACAGAUGUCUAUGUAAACAGCAUCGGCCCAGUUGACCCAAUCAAUAUGGAAUACACUAUAGAUAUAAUUUUUGCCCAGACUUGGUAUGACAGUCGUCUAAAAUUUAACAGCUCAAUGAAGGUGCUUAUGCUUAAUAGCAAUAUGGUUGGAAAAAUUUGGAUUCCAGACACUUUCUUCAGGAACUCAAGGAAAUCUGAUGCUCACUGGAUUACAACUCCAAAUCGUUUGCUUCGAAUCUGGAGUGAUGGAAGAGUAUUAUACACUCUAAGGCUGACAAUUAAUGCUGAAUGUUAUCUUCAGCUUCAUAAUUUUCCUAUGGAUGAACACUCCUGUCCUCUGGAGUUUUCAAGCUAUGGAUAUCCCAGAAAUGAAAUUGAAUACAAAUGGAAGAAAACCUCUGUGGAAGUGGCAGAUCCAAAAUACUGGAGAUUGUAUCAGUUUGCAUUUGUAGGGUUACGAAACACAACUGAAAUUUCUCAUACCUUGUCUGGUGAUUAUAUUAUUAUGACAAUCUUCUUUGAUCUUAGCAGACGUAUGGGAUAUUUUACUAUUCAGACAUACAUUCCUUGCAUACUCACAGUUGUUCUUUCAUGGGUGUCAUUUUGGAUCAAUAAGGAUGCAGUUCCUGCAAGGACUUCUCUGGGCAUCACAACGGUGCUGACCAUGACAACACUGAGUACAAUUGCCAGAAAGUCACUCCCAAAGGUUUCCUAUGUGACAGCAAUGGACCUUUUUGUCUCAGUUUGUUUCAUUUUUGUGUUUGCUGCCUUGAUGGAAUAUGGCACCUUGCAUUACUUUACCAGCAACAGGAAAGGGGACAAAGGAAAACAAAAGAAGGCAAAAUCUAAGCCAUCAAAACCACCUGCAAUCGCUGUUCGACCUGGAUCAACACUAAUUCCAAUUAAUAACAUUAAUCAUCUCCCUGAACGUGAUGAUGAUUAUGGAUAUGAGUGCCUUGAAGGAAAAGACUGUGCUAGCUUCUUUUGUUGUUUUGAAGACUGCCGCACAGGAUCUUGGCGAGAAGGAAGAAUACACAUCCGUAUUGCAAAAAUUGACUCCUAUUCUCGAAUAUUCUUUCCUACUGCCUUUGCAUUAUUCAAUCUUGUUUAUUGGAUUGGCUAUCUUUAUCUAUAAAUUUCAGAUUUGACAAACUCAGAAAAAAAUUCUAAUUGAACAGUCAUUAAUACUUUCAACUGAGCAAUCAAAGAUUAGAGUUGGUCCAAAAUUACUUAAAUUGUAAUGCUUUAAAAAUUUGAAACAAUGAGAGGAAAUAUGAUGAUGUAGUCUCCCUCUUGUGAUCAACUAUAGAACUGAUAGUGGUAUUUUGAAGAGAAAAUUUAAAAAUAAGAUUUAUCUUUCCUUAACACACAUGCACACAGUUUUUUCCAGCUCUAAGAAAAUGCAGAGUCAAGGGGCUAUGUUAUUUAACUGGACAGUUCUACGUAAGCUUUCAGUUUUAAUCCUUAAUGAUAAUGCAGAAGGAUUUUUGUAGCAUCUCACACCUUUACAAAGAAAGCCUUAAUAAAGUGAGAUUAGUUAGUCUCAUCCAUUUAAUCCAUAAGGUGAUGAUUUUAUUAAUCCCUGAUUUUAAAAAGUUGAAAUGUAACAUUUCCCUUUUCAAUCUGCAGUAUUUUAAAAAGCAUGAUUAAGUCAUAAUUAAUCAAUUCAGAUUUAUACAGAAUGCAAAUGUUAGAGCAGCAAGAAAUGGAUAUAUCAAAACACCCAAGGGUAAUUCUGAGCUUGUCUUAUCCUGACUAUUGAUAGAGGCUUUUGGCUUUCAGCCUUAGAUUACGUUUAUGUCUGUGCUUAAUCUCCUGUUACUUCACUGUUGUGAGUUCCCGGAAGUUGUCCAAGAGGGCUACAACUUUCAAAAAUUCUUACCCAGCUACCAUUGCUUACUCAUUUCAUGGAAAAGAGACUGGGGUUGGCUGAGAUUCUGAGCAUUAAACGCAGCACUCUUCACAUCCUCUCAUUUGUCUGAUUCAUACUCAGUGCCAGAGAAAAAUGCAUACCUCUACUUUUGGCAGAAUUUGUAUCAGCAGAGUUUGGAAAACCUGUAACAGCGUUGUAGUCACUGUACUCAAAGCCACUGUGUUAAAUCUCCAGCCCUGAGAGUGUAGUGUAUGAUCUGCUCCACUGUGCAUGGAGUAUGAUUUUGUAGAUUCUGUUUGUUACUGCAUAUGCUGCUCACUGAGCCAAAGCCAAGUGGUAUUAAUUUACUGAGCCUGUGGUAUGGAUUGCUGGGUAAUUACCUUCUUGGUAUUAGUUUGUUUCUAAUGGAUAAGUCAUGUUAUGGAGAGGGAGUUAAAAUAUCCUUAUUCAUUGCAGAUCCUUCUCCAACAAUGCAUCCCCCCCCAAAAUCAUAGGACCAGUUCUUCAUCCUUUCUGUCAGAGCUUUUCAUCACUUUGGUAGCAAUUCUUCAGUAUUAGUCUUUCUGGACUGUUUUCUCUUUGUUGACUGUUGCUGACUUGGCAGCAUUUGGUAUCUCAUUUCUAUUUCUAAAUCCAUUGUCUUCAUUAUGGAAAAGUGCAGUCUUUCCUCCAUUCUCGAAACCAGUCUCAAGUGAGCUUGCAAAACCACUGUAAAAUGAAGAUAUGCAUUAACUAAAAGUCAGCAUUACACCGAAGACCUUACAGAUCUUUAAAGAGGAUUAAUGGGAUUAGCAUUUGGCUGUAGGUAAGAAUGUUCAGUACUAAAGAUAAAGACAUGAUUAAUAGCUAAGAAUAGAAAAUGUUACAUGAAAAACCCACUCCCAAUAUUUCUGUUAAAUGUGCUCCUUCCUCUGAAUUUCUCAGAAAAGAUUAAUGUAUAUUUAUAUUCUAGUUUGUACCAGGCGUAAUAAGAUAUGAUAUGCAAUACGCAUUUCAAAGGAAAUGCUACUGUGGUGUUCAGCCCCAAAGUAUAACAGAAAAUGCAAGACUGUGCAGUCAUACUGAAAAGAAGUGUGAAAGAAGAUCCAAUUUUAAUGAAAACUUUAUUUCGGUAUUUAGCUGAUGAAAUAUAGGAGUGGUUGAGAGAAUCUGAAGGCCCACUGUCAAGGAUGGCUGACAUUGUUUGUUGUGUGACAUUUCCGAGUACUGACUUCUGACUGGUAGACUAAGCAUAGCAAUGUGGCAUGAUUAUCAGCUCUGAUUUGCUAUAAUUUAUUGGUUUUUAGAGUCUCACUUCCAGAAAAUGGUCAGUCCAAUGGAAACAUGUCAGUUUUAAUUCAAUAAUGUAAUUUGAUGCUUUUUGACAGCACAUUAAACACAUUCUUCUGUAGGAGGUAUGAAGGUGGCGUCAGCAGCAUGUUGGAUGUGUACUUGAAAAGUAGUCAGCUUGCUACACAAUACAAGAUAUAAAUUUUGUGAGCCCCUGAGUUUCAUUAAUUCACCUUUAAACAAAAGAAACUUGAAAGAACUUGGCACUUCACAAGAGGAAAUACAAAUUUCACAGCCUGCUCUCCUCUGGCACAUCUAGUUAGCUUUUUCUAUUCAUGUGGUUGUCAGUUGCCAAUCAGCCUCCAGUGACUGAAUUGGAGAACAGAAAACAUCCAGAAUUGGCAAGGGAUGGAUGAGAAGCCUUUCAUCUCCAAUUUCUAUGAAACAAUGUAAUGGAGUAUUAAACCUAUUGAAUGUUAUGGCUGUUUGGCUUAUGGAUACACUUGCUUCUGUCUGUUGACAAACUUUUCUGUGUACUUCAUUUGUUUCUGAUGAAAUAAUUUUAGUUUCCCAUUGUAUUGUGAGUGCAAAUAGAAACGGAAUGUAGUGACCUGUAACAUGGCAUGUAAUAAAUGUGUUAUUUUA